GACUAUCUUCUUCAUUUUCAACACCUUCAAUAAAGCCAGAGCAAACUUUAAACCAAAAUGGAAACUCUUCCUUUGCAAGAGUGCAAAGUCCACAAAUAUUCAGCCAUAAUCCACAUAACACACACUUUAAUUCACUCAAUUUUUAUACUAUCCAUGUUCUACUAUAGACUCAUAAUUAAUCUCAAUACAAUACCACUUUCCUUUUUCCCUUAUUGGCUCCUAAUUUUCACUUCCGAAUUAAUUCUCUCUUUUCUCUGGCUCCUAAACUCGGCUUAUAUAUGGGCCCCAGUUAGUCGUUCUGUCUUUCCAGAACGACUCCCGCCGGAAGAUGAACUUCCGGCGAUUGACGUUUUCGUCUGCACGGCGGAUCCUAAAAAGGAGCCGCCGUUAAGUGUUAUGAACACUAUUUUAUCGGUUUUAGCACUUGAUUAUCCUACUGAAAAAUUGUCAGUGUAUCUUUCUGAUGAUGGCAGUUCUAAUUUGACACUUUAUGCUAUUAAUGAAACAUGGAAAUUUGCAGAGUUUUGGGUUCCUUUUUGUAGGAAAUUUGAGAUAAAGAAGACUUGCCCUGAGGCAUAUUUUCAAGGAGUUGAUGAGAUUAAUAGCAGCAAGGAAUUCUUUCAAGAAAGAGAAAAUAUUCAGAAAGAGUACGAGGAUUUCAAGGAGCGAUUGAGGAAAGCUCAAGAAAAUGGAGGGACAGAGGAUACGAUAUUCCAUUUUGGUUCAAACCAUAAUACCGUUAUUGAGAUAAUAGGCCAGACAGGUAAAAAUAGUAGCAAAGUUAAAAUACCUUUGCUUGUGUAUGUUUCAAGGGAGAAAAAUUCUGCUCAUCCUCACCAUUUCAAAGCAGGAGCCCUCAAUGUUCUGCUUAGAAUAUCUGGAAUCAUAAGCAAUUCUCCUUACAUAUUAAUUUUGGAUUGUGAUAUGCACUCAAAUGAUCCUUCUUCAGCUCGCCAAGCAAUGUGUUUCCACCUUGAUCCCAAAAUUUCUCCCUCACUUGCAUUUGUUCAGUUUCCUCAAAGAUUUCACAACAUUAGCAAGAAUGAUAUUUAUGAUUCUGCCUUGAGAGCAGUUUUUGCGGUCAAGUGGCCAGGGAUGGAUGGGCUUAUAGGACCUAUUUUGUCUGGUACAUGCUUCUAUAUGAAGAGAAAGGCUCUAUAUGGGACUGGUAUACACAAAGACAUGGAUAUUAGUGAGCUGAAGAAGUGUUUUGGAUCCUCAAAUGAGUUCCUAAAUACUCUUACAAGCACUAAUCACAAGCAAAAUGACACUGACAUCAAGGAAUUUGCUGACAAUAAGAUCCAAGAAGCAAAAGUUUUAGCCUCUUGCACCUAUGAGCAGGAUUCACAAUGGGGAAACCAGAUAGGAUUCUUGUACCAUUCAGUGGUGGAAGACUACUUCACAGGUUUUAUUUUGCAUUGUAAAGGCUGGAGAUCUGUCUUUUAUAACCCUACAAGGCCAGCAUUUUUAGGCAGUGCAACAACAAAUUUGAAUGACACAUUAGUUCAAGGCACAAGAUGGAGUUCUGGACUAAUUGAAGUUUUAUUCUCAAGAUUUUGCCCUCUAAUUUAUGGCUUGAUCUCAAGAAUGCCUCUUCUUGAAUGCAUGUGUUAUGCUUACCUUGCAUCUCAGCCUCUCUACUGCUUACCAGCUUGGUUUUUAGCUAUCAUUCCUCAGCUUUGUCUCCUAAAUGGCAUUCCCAUUUACCCUAAGGUCUCAAGUCCAUGGUUUAUUGUAUAUUCUUUUCUUUUCUUGUCAACACUUACCAAAUACUUAUGGGAUGUUGUCCACACUGGAGGAACAAUGAGAACAUGGUGGAAUGAAUGUAGAGUAUGGAUGAUAAAGUCAAUAACAGCUUAUUUCUAUGGAAGUUUGGAUGCAAUCUUGAAAUUGUUUGGCUUUAGAAAAGCAAGUUUCUUGCCCACAAAUAAAGUUGUUGAUAAUGAACAAUUGAAGAGAUACCAAAUGGGAAUCUAUGAUUUUCAAGCAUCUAAAAUGCUAAUUGUUCCUUUGGUUACAUUGGUCAUAUUGAACAUGGUUUCAUUUGUCUUGGGAAGUGCAAAAGUGAUUUUUGAAGGCAGAUUGAGUGAUUUGUUUGGCCAAGUUUUCCUUUCAUUUUUCAUCUUGAUGGUGAAUUAUCCUAUAAUUGAAGGGAUGAUAUUUAGGAAAGACAAAGGAAGUAUUCCACUUUUAGUGGCUUUAUUGUCUAUUCUGUUCUGUAUUUUACUCUUGUUUCUUGGAUCUAUUUUUGUAAUGUAACUUGAUAGGAUGAAGCUGAUGUAUCAUGAUAUACUUAGCUUAAAAUGGGGACUAUAAUUAUUUUGAUCUCAA